AUGACGGCUUCAAUACCCAAUUCUGGGUCAAGCUCUCCAUCACAUUCAAUCACAGCAUCAAGUCUACUUCCUCGUACGCCAGAAGAGUGCUUGACACCAAGGUCUCUGGGGCCAGCUACCGACAACCCAGCGCUUGUUUUUCCGACUGGAUUCCCGCUGGACCUGAAAUGCCUGCUAGAAGGGGUGUCAGAGAACGAGGGUUCCGGGACUAUGAAUUCGCUCAGCGGAUUUCGAUCUGUGAUGAGGGGAGGUUGUGUAGUGAAGACUGUUGACCGGUCUGAAGAACGACGACUUGGAGACCUAGGAAGCAAGUGCAAGCAAUAUGCGGAUGUCCCUCUACACUAUACUACGAAAGAUCAUCUCACCCUUCCCCAACACAAGUCUUUAGCGAACGACGAAGCUCGAAGAUGCAUUCACAAGAUAGUUCUCGACGACUUCCUUAACAGCACACCCACUCUCCAUUUGUCUAGUCGGGAAGAUGGCGACGGUGCUCGGAUGACCAAAAGGUCCACCCAGUAUGCCGAGAUAAUUUCACAAUGGCAGUUCCCCGAUCGCAACCGACAAGAUCUCCUGUAUGCCUCUAAUAUACUUGGCACAUCUCCAGAUCUCCAGAUUCAAAUCCCACUGCUACCCCGCGAAGCGCGACACUUUGACGAAGACAGCAUUCAAGGCUUCUACAACUCCAAUAUGACUCCAGAGGGCACUCUUGUUGAUAUACAUCAAGACAACCUUGACGUGCUCUCGAUUUGUACCGACUGGAAGAUGUGGGUGUUUUUCCCCACCACACCCUCCAACAUGAAUCUCUUCCGGAGAGAGCAGAUGUCCAAAUCCUUCAAGUUAAACAAACUACGACAUGAUCUUGAGCAUGGACAGUACGCUAUCACGGCUGAACACGAUUCUAUAUACAUCCCUACCGGCUGGCUUCACGCUACGUACGCCCUACGAAACAGCUUGACUAUCGGGACUGUCUGGAGUUCUGCUGAGGGUCUUGCCAACACAACUGAUCGGUUGAUUGCGGAGCUCAACCCACCGGAAGUCGCAGAAUUUGUCAUCAGUUCACUAAGCGAAUUACGGCCUUUCCUUGAAUGCCUCAAACAGGCUUUCCAACACAAGAUGUUUGCAGAAUGUCGUUCGGCCCUUCAGCGGAUUUGUUUCCACACUCGAGUUGAGCAGAGAUUACGGGUACCGCUGUUCAGUUUACGAUUCGAAAACAGCAGAAAGAAAGACAACAAGAAGAUCAUUGAGGAGUUCGAUAAAUACUUUGAGUGUUUCAGAGUUUCUAUCAAUCACAGUGGCGAGAGUGAAGAGUACUGGAAAUGUACAGUGGAUGAGUGCCAUUGCGGACUUUUGGGACAUGUCAAAGAAGAACGGGUAGGGCAAGGCAAGGAUGUCCAAAAUGCGACACAAGACCGACGCAGACCCUGA